CCUUCCAUUCUGAUCUAGAACCAGUUGCCUCUAGUACCCUAUUAAAACCCUAAUCCAUUUGUUGAAUCUCAUUUCCAGAAAAAAACCAUAAUCCUUCAAAUCUCCAUCAAUGGCUAAGCGUUUGAUUCCAACCUUUAACCGCAUCCUCGUCGAGAAAAUCAUCCCUCCUUCCAAGACCUCCGCCGGUAUUCUUCUCCCUGAGAAGACCUCCCAGCUUAAUUCAGGGAAGGUGGUAGCUGUUGGACCUGGAUCGAGAGACAAAUCUGGGAAUUUGAUUCCGGUGUCAGUUAAAGAAGGUGACCACGUUCUCUUGCCUGAAUAUGGUGGCUCUCAAAUUAAGCUUGAUGACAAAGAGUUUCAUUUGUUUAGGGAUGAGGACAUUUUGGGCAUUCUGCGUGAUUGAUUUAUGGACUAGUGUUUGUGUUUGAUAAAGUGAAAUUUAUGAUGAUUAGGUUUAUUAAAAUAACUUCAAUUUAGUGUCCAAUGUAAUUUGGUGCAAACAUUUGAGAGGGAUUUUCAUUUUUCCUGAAAUAUUGUGAUUUAUGCCUCUUUUAUAUUCAGAAAUAUUAUGGCAAUGAGGAUACUUCUUUUUCUUGCA